CAAUGUCAUUUAAUAAAGAACUACAAAUACAGCGUGCCAACUUUGUCCUGAAACGUUUAGUGGCAAAAAUAAGCACGGCAAUCCAUGUGUGAAAUCCAAUGAAUGUCUCGGUGUUGUUCUUCAUACUUUUCUCAACACUUUUCGAUACAACCGCAACAUUGAAAUGCUACGUCUGCGAUGCACAGAACGAGACGAUCUGUCAGAAGGGAAAUCCUCAUUUCCGCGAGGUCCACUGCGGGCUUGAAGAUACGACGUUCUUCUGGUUUUGCCUCUAUAGGGUUAUGUACAAUUCGGUAACCGGCCACCAAACGUACACGUACAGCUGCGAAAGAAUGGGACGGCCGGGAAUACUUUUUGGACUUCCGCACUGCAACCCCAAAGAAAACGAGCAACUAAUCGACUGCAGAGUGUGCCUACAGGAUCUCUGCACGUUUUUCAAUCGUUCUAUGUACCUAAAGAGUAAGAGUGUGCUGGUUAUUAGUCUUAUUUUCUUAAAUUUAGCUCUGUUCUAUUCAUAGAUGAACUAAUUCUAAUUUUGUACUUUAGAGUGUGUUCAAACGUGUAAAAUAUACGAAAA